GCACUCAGGCGCGCGCUGUUUCACUCCCUACUGUAUCGAUGAAGUUGCACAAAGAUGGCGGAUUUCCUGCCGUCCCGGUCCUUUCUAUCCGUUUGUUUUCCAAACUGUGUUCUCAACAGCAACGAGGCGGAACAAUUAAGGAAAUCUAAAGAAAUUGACCGAGAUCUCAUGAAAGACAAACCCUAUGUGAAACGGUUAGUCAAGAUACUUUUGCUCGGCGCCGGGGAGAGCGGCAAGUCCACUUUCCUCAAGCAGAUGCGCAUCAUACACGGGCAAGACUUCGAUCAGCGGGCCAAAGAAGAGUUCAAAACCACCAUUUACAGUAAUGUUAUGAAAGGUGUUCGAGUGCUUGUGGAUGCCAGAGAAAAGCUGCAUAUCUCAUGGGGAGACCCUUCAAACCAGGCACAUGGAGACACCAUGAUGGCUUUUGACACACGGUCAGCCAUGGGCUCACAGGGGAUGGUGGAGACCAAUGUGUUCCUGCAGUACCUGCCAUCGAUCCGUGCCCUCUGGGCUGACAGCGGCAUACAGAACGCAUAUGACCGGCGCAGGGAAUUUCAGCUGGGUGAAUCUGUGAAAUAUUUCUUGGAUAACUUGGACAAACUCGGAACACCGGAGUAUCUACCAUCACAGCAAGACAUCCUGCUGGCACGUAAGCCCACCAAGGGCAUUCACGAGUACGACUUUGAGAUCAAGAAUGUGCCCUUCAAGAUGGUGGACGUGGGCGGCCAACGGUCGGAGCGCCGCAGGUGGUUCGAGUGCUUUGAAAGCGUCACCUCGAUCCUCUUCCUUGUCUCGUCAAGCGAGUUCGACCAGGUGCUGAUGGAGGACCGGCUGACCAACCGUCUCAUGGAGUCACUUAACAUCUUCGAGACCAUAGUCAACAACCGCGUCUUCAGCAAUGUUUCCAUCAUCCUCUUCCUCAACAAGACAGAUUUGCUUGAGGACAAGGUCAAAACGGUGGCCAUCAAGGACUACUUCCCCGAGUACACAGGGGAGCCGCACAGCCUGGAGGACGUGCAGAAGUUCCUGGUGGAUUGUUUCCGGAACAAGCGGCGAGACCAGCAGCAGAAGCCCCUCUACCACCACUUCACCACCGCCAUUAACACAGAGAACAUUCGCCUGGUCUUCCGUGACGUCAAGGACACCAUCUUGCACGACAACCUCAAACAGCUCAUGCUGCAGUGAUGUUUGUCCAACCGUUUCCUUUCAGAUCUCUCCGAAAUAACCCUCUUCUGCUCAGAUGUUUGUACUCCUCCACACAGUAACCUUUCUGAAUAGCUCUGACGUGCUUUUAUGCGAGGAAGACGACGGCCUAGCCUAGCGGUCUGUCACGAGCGCGCGAUGGCGGGUAGUUAUUCUCUUAAAGGGUAAGCUUAGAGAAGAGUGCAUUACACUCACACACUCACACUUGUCCUGCCAAGAGAAGCUGUACGUGUCAUUGAGCGGCACCCUCUCGCCGAAGGGUGCCAAACGCAAUGCGUUCCUCCCUCAAAAAGUGGAAGAAAGCAGGAAGAGAUUCUAGCACUGUCUUUGAUCUGUUACGUUUGAGCCUUUUAUUACUGACCAAAUGGCAAGAUGAGAUGCAAAUGCUGUUUUAACCUUUUAACAGGAUCUAUGUUCUGAGCCUUUCUGUCGAUUCCUGCCUGGCCUUAAUUUCCCCCCUCCUCAUUUUGAUUGGUGUUUUUAACGUGUAGAUGUCUAAUCAAUUGUAAAAUUUUAGAAUCAGUUUUUUUUAUACAUAUAUAUAUAGAUCUAUGAAUAUAUUUACAGAUAAACUUAAGUUAUGUUCCAAAACGUUUACACUCUGAUUUUCCUCUGCUGAUGGACAACGCUCACAAUUCAUACCACUUGAUAAACUGAACUUAUACUGUGGUUAGCCACGCUAGGCGAGCUGAUAGAUACAGUAUGCAUACAGCAUAAACUCAGGGCUGAAUGUAGACCACUUUAACUGUUCGCCUUCAGGAACAUCCACUUAUUGUAGCUCUCCAUCAGUGGCUGGAAAUCACAUUUCCUCGCUGGCCUGCAGACAUCCUCCUCCUCCUCCUCCUCCUCUCUGCCCUAGCUAGAGUCUGGAAGAACUUCUUUAUCCAUCAGGGGACAAAAAACGGUGUCUUGUUAAUUUAUUUGCUUCGUUUUAAAUCCACAACCAAACUAUACUGGCUUUUCGGUCAGAUCCCGCUAACAAAAGCCUCUGUAUUCACAAGUGCCACGUGUUAAAGGUACCAAUAAUUCGAACAACUUUCCUCAAAAGGGAUAGAUCUUACGAUGUGAACCUCGUUCCCUCAAUGGUUGUGUAUAGCUACUUUGUAUAGUGCCAUGUCCGCCCUGAAUACUACCGUUGUAGUAAGUAUUUUAUGUAAAUAGUCUCCACCUCACCCUCCUCACUCUUUUCUAACAGAUUUGUAACCUACACUGAAAUGUAUAGCUGUAUUUGCCACGGCACCCACAAAUCCAGAGAUACUGACUCCCUGCCCACAGUUCGCCCCAUUCAAGGCUGCUCUUUUAGCGCUUUUGGCUGCUUCAUCUCAGCUUUUGCGCUGAAUGAUGCCUGUGUAUAUCCUCGACGCAUUCAGAUGGCUGUAGACCGGCACAGCAGUAGAGGACUCUUUGUCUGGUGCC